CCAUAGGCCCCAUUCUCACAGCCUGGUUGUCUCACCAUCUCUGUUAGACUCAGUCCAACUUCCCACUGUCUUCAUCCUCCCUUCACAAGCCUGAAAGAGUACACAAGAAUCUUAGAAUACAGACAGAACUGAGUCACUUGGUCUGCUGUCUGCGCUUUGACCAAUCAGUCAUCCGUCUUCUCACACUAUAUAGCACUUAAAAAAUGCAGAUUUUUCAGUGGCUCUUCAAGGUGACACAAGAGCAACAGCCCAGAGAGACUACUCCUACAGAUAAGGAAAUAAUUGGGACAGUCAAGAAAAAAGCCGAAUCAAAGGAUCUGGUUUUGGUUAAAAGAAGUGAUGCUUACAGAAGAAGAUCAUCAAAAGGAUACCAAGAUGAUGAGGUGGAACUGAAGGAUUCAGAUUCGUUUACAAUUUUGUAUAGCAGAGGCAAUGCAAAAGCAUGCUUUUAUAGCACUCUUAACUUGAAGAGACUGGGGAGUUUGGGCAAGGGCCAGAAUUGGAUGCAGUCAUUGAGACUGAAAGAAGAAGAACUUGCUCGCCAACUUGUGAUGGGUCACAAGGUGGAUUUGGCUGCCCAUGUAGGGAAUAAGGUUCUACCACUCUGUGAUGCUCCUGCAUCUGCCUCAACUACUAUGAAUGACCAAUGUGGAUCGUCUGAGAAGAAAGAUAAGCCUAAAGGAGAAAGAACCAGAGCCAUCUCUAGAAUGAAGGAGCUUCUGAGAUGGGCUUCUGCUGCCAAGUCUGAGAAAGGAGGAAAGCACAUCAGCCGGAAGGUUCUGUUAUUCCGCAACCGAGGCGCCCUCAAACAUGGUGAUGAAAGCUCUCCCAAGAUCAGUUUCAGAUGGGAGGUGGGCAGUUGUUCAAACUCUUCCUCUGUUUACUCCGGGUUCUCAUUGGCAUCUUCUACAAAUGGUCGGACAUCGAUCAGUCCCACAUCUGAGGACAUUUCAACUUCAGAUUGCAACAAGGAGAAAACAACAUUAGCUAACCAGGAUGAAGAAUGGCGGCCCUCCAGAAGAGGAAACUGGAUCACAACAGAUGAAGAUUUUGUGGUGCUAGAACUCUGAACUCUGAAGCAAAUAGAAGAAUCCAAGAGAAGACGGAGUCCAUGGUUGCAUCAACUGCUUCUCUGUCCAAGUCAUGUCUGCAUCAAUGAAUUAAUACAAUCAGGGAAGCCAUGGGACAUUGUUCUAUUAUUUACUGCUGAAUGGGUUCUGUUUAAUCUUACCAAAGAUGUAAUAUUAGUUUCAGAGAUCUGUAAUAUCCAAUUAAGGGCUACUAUGGGCCUACUUCUCUAACA